CUCCGGGUUGCUUCGCGUGGUUUCCGUGCUGAAGCCUGCUCAUUGAUUGUGUGCGUUUUUCUGGUUCUUUCGCGGCUCCGCGAGCUUGUUUCCCGGCGUCAUGGCCGGGCUAACCCUGUUCGUGGGCCGCCUCCCUCCUUCGGCCCGCAGUGAGCAGCUGGAGGAGCUGUUCAGUCAGGUGGGGCCGGUGAAGCAGUGCUUCGUGGUGACUGAGAAAGGGAGUAAGGCAUGUCGAGGCUUUGGCUAUGUCACAUUUUCUAUGCCAGAAGACGUUCAGAGGGCCCUGAAGGAGAUUACCACCUUUGAGGGCAGCAAGAUCAACGUGAGCAUUGCCAAGAAAAAGCUGAGGAACAAGUCCAAGGAAAAGGGAGGAAAGGAAAAUUCAGAGUCCCCAAAGAAGGAGCAGAAGCCUAAAAAAGCCAAAGUGGCUGAUAAGAAAGCCAGAUUGAUUAUUCGGAAUCUGAGCUUUAAGUGUUUAGAAGAUGACUUGAAGACAGUAUUUGCUCAGUAUGGAGCUGUCCUAGAAGUUAACAUCCCUAGGAAGCCAGAUGGAAAGAUGCGUGGUUUUGCCUUUGUUCAGUUCAAAAACCUCCUAGAAGCAGGAAAGGCUCUGAAAAGUAUGAACAUGAAAGAGAUAAAGGGGCGGACGAUAGCUGUGGAUUGGGCCGUGGCAAAAGAUAAAUAUAAAAGUACACAGUCUGCCUCUGCCCCAGGUGAGGAGAAGAGACCUGAACCCAAACAUCAGAAACUAGGUAAAGAGAAUGGCAGGGAAGAAGAGAGUAGGGGGAAAGAAGAGGGUGGUGAUGAUGACGGUCAUACGGAAGAAGAAGAAGGUGAUGAUGAUGAUGAAGAGGAGGAGAAGAAUAAAAAAUCAAAGGUGGCCAAGCCUGUGCAAAUUCACAAGAGAGCCACCAAGAGAGCAGCACCCGCAGAAAGCAGUGAAGAGGACCAGUCUGAUGAGGACAGCGACCUGGAGGAGGACAGUGAUGGAGGUGAUGGUGGAGAGGACCUGGCUCAGAGCGACACCGACACUGAAGGGCAGGAGGAUGAAGAUGUACAAGUCUCAAAGAAAAAGAAGAGGAAACUACCCUCUGAUGUGAAUGAAGGGAAAACUGUUUUUGUAAGAAACCUGUCCUUUGACUCAGAGGAAGAAGACCUUGGUGAGCUCCUCCAGCAAUUUGGAGACCUGAAAUAUGUCCGUAUUGUCCUGCAUCCAGACACAGAGCAUUCCAAAGGCUGCGCGUUUGCUCAGUUCACGACUCAAGAGGCAGCUCAGAAAUGCCUUGCAGCUGCUGCUCCAGAGACCGAGGGUGCUGGGCUGAAACUGGACGGCAGGCAGCUCAGGGUAGACCUGGCAGUGACCCGCGACGAGGCCGCAAAGCUCCGGACAAAGAAGGUGAAGAAGCCGACGGGGACCCGGAACCUCUACCUGGCCCGUGAAGGCUUGAUUCGUGCUGGGACGAAGGCUGCGGAGGGUGUGAGCGCUGCUGAUAUGGCCAAAAGAGAACGGUUCGAGCUCCUGAAGCAUCAGAAACUGAAGGACCAGAACAUCUUUGUCUCCAGCACCAGGCUCUGCUUGCACAAUCUCCCCAAGGCUGUGGAUGACAGGCAGCUCCGAAAGCUGCUGCUAAAUGCCACCAGAGGGGAGCAGGGGGUGCGCAUCAAGGAGUGUAGGGUGAUGCGGGACCUCAGAGGAGUUCCAGGGAAAACGAAGGGUCAGUCCCUGGGCUACGCCUUCGCGGAGUUCCAGGAGCACGAGCACGCCCUGGCAGCCCUGCGCCACGUCAACAACAACCCCACCAUCUUCGGGCCUCAGAAGAGACCGAUAGUGGAGUUCUCUUUGGAAGAUCGAAGGAAACUUAAAAUAAAGGAGCUGAGGAUCCAGCGCAGCCAGCAAAAAGUGAAAUCCAAGGCCACAGCUGGUGAGCCCCAGCAGGAGCAACGGGGGUGUGGGAAAGACCAGCAACAGAAAGCAGCUCAAAACCAUGCAGAGGAGCAGAGCACGGCCUCCCCAGAGCGGAAGGGGAAGGUGGGCCCUACGUCAUGGUCAGGGUUCCAGACCAAGGCGGAGGUGGAGCACGUGGAGCUGCCCGAUGGGAAGAAGAGAAGGAAGGUCCUGGCACUGCCCUCACACCGAGGCCCGAAAGUUAGGUUGCGGGACAAAGGCAAAGUGAAGUCUCUCCCUCCCAAAAAGCCAAAGCCCCAGAUAAACCAGCGGCAGCAAGAGCAGCAGAAAUCUUCCAAGCAGGUACCUAAGAAAAAAGCUAAGGGAAAUAAGACAGAAAAGCGCUUCAACCAGCUGGUCGAACAGUAUAAGCAGAAAUUAUUGGGACCAUCUAAAGGAGUGCCUCUUGCAAAGAGGAGCAAAUGGUUUGACAGUUGAUGAUGCCAGCAGACUGGAUAAGAAGCUGGAUUGCACGCUUCUUGGUAAAGCUCUGUGGCCCCUCCCCACCCCUCCACCCGACGUCUGUACUGAGGGGAACCCCCCGAGUGCACCGCCAGUUGGUUGGGGGGCUCCCUGGGCUGUGCACAUCUGGACUUCAUGUGGUUAGUUAACCAUAAGGAGAAAUACCAGAAAAACAUUGUGAUGCUUCUUGUACAUUAGCCAGAUUAUCACGUGAAGUUGUGUCUAUAAUUAUUACCCAUUUUAAUUCUCUGUUUCCCCAAUGGAAACAAUUGUAAAAUGCAUUCUUGAGUGCUGAAUUUUUAAGAUGUGUAUUUUUGGUGUCUUUUCUAAUUAAGAUAUUUUGUGGCUUUUUGAGUAACAGCCUCUCAUUUCUAAUAUAUGUGACUUAUUUAUGAACAUUUUUGACAACCCUAACUCUCAUUCAGUUUCAGAGUCCUGUGUGCUACAGGAAUUGAUUAAGAAGGAGCAGAGAAAAAUCAUUUCCAAUCUAAUCUCUGGGGGUGCAGAAACUUACUUGGAAAGUAAUUGAGGGCAGUGGGGCCUGGCAGAGAGCAAUAUCUGGUAACACUUUGCCAGGCGAGUUGGGUUCUUGUUGGUAGUUGACAAGAAAUCAGCUUUCAGUGGUCUGCAGACAGUAGCCUGGCUGGUGACACCCUGCGUUUUCUGUCAUUCGGUGCCUCCCCCUAAGGACCUAGAGAGGGACGGGGGGCUGACAGGGCAGUGAGCUUGAGGCCUGGGCUGUAGCCUGACCGGCCUUCACCUAAUGGAUGGCCUUGAACUAGACACAGACUCUCUGGGUCUUAGUUUACUCAUUGAUGGAAUGAGGAGUUUAAUUAAAAAUUUUGUGUGAUCCUUCCCAGCCCUAAACUCUAUUUCGUAUGCAUGUUCAUAUUCUUUCUCUUGUUAACCUCUGAGAAGGUAGAGAUGACUUUCAUUACUCUUCAGAAUUUACGGUGUCACAAGAGCUGGGAGGGAUGGUGAAUAUUAAGAGAGUGGAGGUCUGAAGGGAUCAUGGUAGCCUGGGGGGAUGAAUGGCAUUCGACAGGAUGAAAGUCACCGGAACAAACCUGAAUUCCCUCUGGUGGGGGAGUCUGGGUCUGCAUUUUGAAGGAACAGUGUGGCUGCCACGGUGCGAUGGGCUGUGUUAGUGGACUUGGAGCAUCUCGAUUAAGCCACUAGUUUUCUGCGCUGGGCAGACCACACCUGUAAGACACAUGUAAUGACAAAGCUGGUCAAGGAAAUCAAAAUGUCACAUGGAAACUAAACUGGUCAUGAGUUGGUUGCUCUUGGUCAUGGGUAAAUAAAGAUUCGUUAUACUGUUC